GCACCGUCGAUUUCACCCUUCUCUUCUUCUGUUUGUCUCGCACUCUUAAAGUGUAUAAUCAAGAAGAACACACACGAGCAGCGGAGCGGGCGCCGUGAUUUGCUGACUUCGUGCUGGAAACCACCCGUAGCAUCGGACGUGCUUUUGUUCGCGCGUCGAAUUAGAGCAGAAGGGGUAAAUAGGCACACCGUUGAACAACGUCGCCGCGAAGGUACAGCAACAAUUCCCAGAAAGCAAAUAUAUAACCAAAGGGGAAAGAGAAAUGCUCCGGUCUCGGCUUCUGCGUUUAGCGCAUCCCCGCAGCGGUGCGGUUGCGGCGCGGUCUCUCACGGCUUCCAUCACCGCCUUCCACACCACCACCGCCACCGUCGUUCAAAAACGUUUCCAGAGCGGGUCGUCUGCGUCGAGCGGAGUAGACGAAAUGCUCGCUGGCCCCCAAAUCAUCUCCGGCAACGUGGUGGCCCCCGUCACGCACGAGCAGGUGUGGUCGCUGUGGAACGAGGGCAAUCUCUUCUCCCUGCAGCUGGCCCAGAUGCGCGAGUUUCUCUCCGGCGUUGGCAUCGCCACCGACCCGGCGGCGAAGAAGGCGGCGGUGGUGCGGCGGUUAGAGGAGUACCUGCAGGCGAAAGAUAAAAUUAACGCUGCUGCGGUUGGCGAUGCCGCCGUCGCUGCUGCUGCUGCUGCGGCGGGUGAUCGUGGAGGACAAGGUCAGGACUACGGCAACUGGGCCUCGUCCGGCGCCACUCAGCCGGAGACGCUGCUCGAUUUAGCGCAGGCGGGCUUCUACCAAGGCGCGACCACGAUGGUGCCACGCGCGUUUCAGCUGCUGACAGUUGGCAGCAGUGCGGAGGCGGUGGUCAGUCGCGUGAACACGGCCGCCUUCCCCGGCUUCCCGGCGAACACGGAGUGCUACACCCUCUCCGCCUCGGACGCGGAGGGCGCGCUGCAGGCCCGCUACAGCAAGGUGCUGCAGUGGUGUCUGCUGAACAUGAGCAACCUGCGCAUGGACGGCGAGCUCUCCGUGGAGGUGGGCAAGCUGCUGCUCACGGCGUCGGCCAUGCGGCACAACGAACGCGUUGUGUCCGCCUACACGUUGCAGCAGCGCAUGCAGCUCACGAAGCCGUACACGUGGAUCUCCAGCGUGCCGGAGAGCGCCAUCGGCGCGGUGGAGAAGUUUCUGGCCGAGAAGGGCUUCGACCUCGUCAGCAAGAACGCACGGCUGACCUACGAGGGCACCAUCAAGCGCGCAAACGAUAGCUUGGAGGUGGUGCUGAACGAGCACACGAAGGUGGACGGCGUCUAUGGGGCUUGGGUGGAUGUGCAGACGGCCUUCUGCACCUCGUUAGAGAAGCCCGACCUGUUGGUGCUGCUGCGCUCACGUGCGCCAGUCAGUGCGCAGGACCGCGACACCUACUCUCGCACGCAGGUGAUUGAGCUGGCGCAGGACGAUGUGAGCGAUGUGCUGCCGCCGGAGCAUGGGCAGCUCGUGUACCUCUCUGAGAACGAGUCCCGGCACUUUGAGCGACUCAACGCGAAGGGGAUCGCGAUUGUGGUGCGCGAGAUUAAGCGGCAGCCGCUGAUUGUGCUGCGCGACGACGAGGAGGACGCCCGGGUAGAGUACCGCAUUAGCGUUGACAUUCCCGCCAGCGCUGGAAGUCACACGAUGGACGUGCGCGCAGUGGGGUUGGAGGUGCUAACGCUGGCGGAAGAGCUGAGUGCGGCGGUGCAGGCCCCCUUCAACGAGGCCUACGGACUCACGUACAGUCCCAGCGCAAGCUCGUAG